GUACUUUCAGCAUAGUCGAGCAAGUUCUUUAACGAGUAAAGUAGAACAGUAAGAAUCAAGAUGUUCGUGCAAAAGUUGAUGAUCCUCGUGAUCGUGGUUGUGGCUGCUGUGACGGCUGUAGAAUACGUCCCAAGGGCUCAUUUGGAAGAAUAUGCUGGCAAAUCCCACAACUUGACCAUUGGAUAUAGAAUGCCAGGAGACAGGCUCAUCCUCCAACAAAAUGUCGUAAAGAAAUCUGCAUGGAUGCGAAUUGUAAGCACGACAAUGACCUUCAAUAUCCCAAAAUACAAGCAGAUCACUAUGGUCAGUGCUCAUGAUCGAAAGAACGAUGGUACAGGAGCUUAUUGCAAGCUAACGCGUGGUGGUCCAGGAUAUGGAAACGUAACCCUUAAGUUUGAGAGUCAAAGAAGCCACGGCAUCAACUUCACCGUCUAUGUCUAUGCACGAUGAUAAAAAGGGAGAGAAUAUUGAUACUAAACCUGUAAAAUUGUUUAUAAUGUUAUUAUGACAAUGUUUCAAACAUAAUAUUUCUUUCGUCAAUGUAUCAUCAAAUAUAACGAGUAAAUAAUUUCUCUGUUAAUUAUAUUACAUCAUUGUCAAAAUUAUUUGUUUUGGACCGCGUGAUUGGAAAUGAAAUAAAACAGGGACGGGAACGUGGCUCUGAUUAUCCUAUAAUUUAAAUUGGAAAUAAACACCGAUGUUGCUUUUGA